CUCUGGCGACCCGAGCCAAGAUGGCGGCGUCCGGGUGGCGGGCCGCGCUGUACGCGAGUCGGCCGUGGCGGGGCUUCAGCACCUCGGCCGCCCUCAGCCGCCGGACGCCGCCGCUGGGACCCCUCCCCAACCAGGACAUCGACGUGAGCAACCUGGAGCGGCUGGAGAAGUACCGGAGCUUCGACCGCUACCGGCAACGAGCGGAGCAGGAGGAGCGGGCCCCGCACUGGUGGCGCACGUACCGGGAAUACUUCACGCAGAAGACAGAUCUCAAAGACAAAAUUGACAUUGGGCUGCCUCCACCCAAAGUCUGCCGAACCCAACAGCUACGGGAACGGAAACGCUUCUUGCAGGAGCUUCGCGCCAAUCCAGAAGCAGAGCAGGCAGCUCGGCUCGGCUCAGGUGAGCCUCCCAGAAGAGCAGCCAGCAUCUCUCUGGAAGCCGUGCAAGCCGAAUGGGAAAAGACCUGCGGCCCUUACCACAAACAGCGCCUGGCUGAGUAUUAUGGCCUCUACCGAGACCUGUUCCAUGGUGCCACUUUUAUACCCUGGGUCCCACUGCAUGUGGCUUAUGCUGUGGGUGAGGAGGACCUGAUGCCUGUGUAUCAUGGCAAUGAAGUGACUCCAACUGAGGCUGCCCAAGCCCCAGAGGUGACCUAUGAGGCAGACAAGGGCACCAUGUGGACACUGCUGCUCACUAACUUAGAUGGACACCUGCUGGAGCCAGAUGCUGAGUAUGUUCACUGGCUGAUAACCAACAUCCCAGGCAACAGGGUGUCUGAAGGGCAGGAGACAUGUCCCUACCUCCCACCUUUCCCUGCCCAUGGCUCCGGCUUCCAUCGUUUUGCCUUUCUGCUCUUCAAGCAGGACAAGCCAAUCAACUUCUCUGAGGACACUCGCCCCUCACCCUGCUACCAGCUGGCUCAGCGGACGUUCCACACUUUUGAUUUCUACAAGAAACACCAGGAAGCCAUGACUCCAGUUGGCUUGGCCUUCUUCCAGUGCCGCUGGGAUGACUCAGUCACCCGUACCUUCCAUCAGCUUCUGGACAUGCGAGAGCCUGUGUUUGAAUUUGUACGGCCUCCCACUUACCACCCUAAGCAGAAGCGCUUCCCCCACCGUCAGCCCCUGCGCUACCUGGACCGGUACAGGGACAGUCAUGAGCCCACAUAUGGUAUCUACUGAGGGAACUACCUCAGGGUGAGCUGGGCCUAAGGAACAGGAAAGACACAGCUUGGAGGGGCCAAUAUUGGGAAGCGCUACUUGGGGCAACCCAGUUGGGGCCCCUGCCAGCAGGCCCAGGCCCUGCAGUGAUGGUGUGUAAAUAAAGACGGUUUCUGCUAA